GUAUCCCUAUUUUCAAUAAUACACAUUGUUUCCUACAACACACUGAUUCCUUUAUAUAAAUGGUGUCAAAAUAUAAAUUUUGUGGUGUACCUUAUUAGCUCCCUUAAUUUUUCAUGAUUAAAACAGAAAAUCCAAAAUACAAGUCACGUUCCAGCAAUCUUGCAUUGUAUUUAAGGCCCCCAUACCCUUGCCCUUGGGUGAAAUCUGUUUGCCAAACAGCUACAGCUGUCUCCAUCUACGACAACAAAUAGUUAUUGAGGUACUCUAUCGAAAUAUGUGUGACAAUGGAAAGGCUAACACCCAUGUACUCUUUUGUGGUCCUCACUUUCCUGCUUCACAUAACUACACCAAAGAAUAUUUGCACAACUAUCUAUUCAUCCAGGUUGAUCAUCUUCCGUUCGAGAGUAUACCUGAUCUUAUUGGCAACUAUGAUAUCUGUGUGGUAAACAGCAUGCGGCUUAAUUCUGAUGUUAUUGCUCGUGCAAGUCGAAUGAAGCUCAUAAUGCAGUAUGGUGUUGGGUUAGAAGGUGUUGAUAUAACUGCUGCCACAAACCAUGGAAUAAAAGUUGCUAGAAUUCCCGGUAAGGUAACAGGAAAUGCUGCUUCAUGUGCUGAAAUGGCCAUCUAUAUCAUGCUGGGUCUUCUCCGCAAACAAGAUGAAAUGCAAUGUUCUGUAAGGCUAAAGAAACUUGGAGACCCGGUUGGCGACACAUUGUUUGGAAAAACAGUUUUCAUUUUGGGGUAUGGAAAUAUUGGCAUUGAACUGGCAAAACGUCUUCGUCCAUUUGGAGUCAAGAUUCUUGCAACAAAACGAAACUGGGCAUCAAAUGAUCCAAAAGCAACACUUGAAAAUGGUACACAUGAGGAUUCGGUUGAUGAGAAAGGUAGUCAUGAAGAUAUAUAUGAGUUUGCAAAGAAAUCUGACAUUGUUGUCUGCUGCUUGACAAUGAAUAGUCAAACAUUAGGGAUGGCAAUGAAACCCAAGCCCGACGGGUAUACCCGAAACAUGAAGCAUUUGGGACGGGUUUACCUGAUACCCACGCAGGUUGGUACUGUAAAUGAGAAUUUCAUUUCUUCAAUGAGAAAGGGUGGCCUGCUGGUGAAUAUAGCGCGUGGGGGUCUGUUGGAUUAUAAAGCGGUUUAUGAAGGCCUUGAAUCGGGUCAUUUGGGGGGCGUAGGAAUGGAUGUUGCAUGGAUGGAGCCUUUUGAUCCAAACGAUCCAAUCUUGAAAUUCCCAAACGUCCUUCUUACACCUCAUGUUGCAGGAGUUACAGAAUCUUCAUAUCGAUCCAUGGCCAAGGUAGUUGGUGACGUUGCGCUUCAACUUCACUCGGGAAAACCUUUAACUGGGAUAGAAUAUGCCAACUAAUGAUUCCACGUCAAACAAAACAUUACAGUUACCUGUCCAAGAGUUUGCUUAUGCGAGUUGUCACAUGAUUUCUUGAUCGCAAGCAUCAUUGGGUAAAAAGUAGAACACCUUUACCUCUCUUGAAAUGUCAAAAUGAUGUAGUUUUAAUUUUGUUGACUUGGUUAUUUUUCCUAAACUCUUUGUAUGUUCUGUAUUUUCUAGCUUCUUUGCUAGAUGAUUGAAUAAAAUCAACUUCACUGCGGUUAUAAAAAUAGUAAUUGGU